GGCUGCCCGGCGGCCCGGGCGCGCGGCCCUUCGCCAUGUACACCUUCGUGGUGCGCGAUGAGAACAGCAGCGUCUACGCCGAAGUCUCCCGGCUGCUUCUCGCCACCGGUCACUGGAAGAGGCUGCGGCGAGACAACCCCAGGUUCAACCUGAUGUUGGGAGAGAGGAACCGGCUGCCCUUCGGGAGACUGGGUCACGAGCCCGGGCUGGUACAGUUGGUGAAUUACUACAGGGGCGCUGACAAACUGUGUCGCAAAGCUUCUUUAGUGAAGCUAAUCAAGACAAGCCCUGAACUGGCUGAGUCCUGCACAUGGUUCCCUGAGUCCUAUGUGAUUUAUCCAACCAAUCUCAAGACCCCAGUUGCUCCAGCACAGAAUGGAAUUCAGCCACCAGUCAGUAACUCAAGGACAGAUGAAAGAGAAUUCUUUCUCGCUUCCUAUAACAGAAAGAAGGAGGAUGGAGAGGGCAACGUUUGGAUUGCAAAGUCAUCAGCUGGUGCCAAAGGUGAAGGCAUUCUCAUCUCGUCAGAGGCUUCAGAGCUUCUCGAUUUCAUAGACAACCAGGGCCAAGUGCACGUGAUCCAGAAAUAUCUUGAGCACCCUCUGCUGCUUGAGCCAGGUCAUCGCAAGUUUGACAUUCGAAGCUGGGUCUUGGUGGAUCAUCAGUAUAAUAUCUACCUCUAUAGAGAGGGUGUGCUUCGGACUGCUUCAGAACCGUAUCAUGUUGAUAAUUUCCAAGACAAAACCUGCCAUUUGACCAAUCACUGCAUUCAAAAAGAGUACUCAAAGAACUACGGGAAGUAUGAAGAAGGAAAUGAAAUGUUCUUCAAGGAGUUCAAUCAGUACCUAACAAGUGCUUUGAACAUUACCCUAGAAAGUAGUAUCUUACUCCAAAUCAAACAUAUAAUAAGGAACUGCCUCCUGAGCGUGGAGCCUGCCAUUAGCACCAAGCACCUCCCUUACCAGAGCUUCCAGCUCUUCGGCUUUGACUUCAUGGUGGAUGAGGAGCUGAAGGUGUGGCUCAUUGAAGUCAACGGUGCCCCUGCGUGUGCUCAGAAGCUCUAUGCAGAACUGUGCCAGGGCAUCGUGGACAUAGCCAUUUCCAGUGUCUUCCCACCCCCAGAUGUGGAGCAACCUCAGACCCAGCCAGCUGCCUUCACCAAGCUGUGAUGGAGGGGCGCUCCCUGCUGCCUUGGAAAAAGCACGGGGUCCUGCUCCAGGGAACGGUGAAAUGACUGGAUUGCUCUUUAUCCAGCCCACAGCAGGGGAAAGAAAGGCCACUCGCGAAGAUGAGAUGGAAGAAGGCACGUGAGCAGAGGAUGCAGCUCCCGAAGACAGGGUUGCUCAGGGGGCUUCCCAGGCGGAGCACUCAGCAAUGCUGUUGAGACAUUUGAAAACAACUUUGGUACACAAAGGCAGCCUUGUGAGCAGAGCUCCUUCCCCUCUCCCCGGGAAUGGCAGGGCACUGGGACCUCUGGUCGGUGCCUCCCACCCACUGCAGCCCUAGUGCCUUAGCUCCAUGCCCGGCUGCAGCCCCACUGCUCUGGACUGUGGAUUGGACGUUAGAGCAUAUUGGAGGUUGCCUGUGUGUUCCCCGCCCAUCCCUUCCGUAACGCUCUGCCACUCAGCUCUGGACAAGCAUGCACCAACAGUCCUUAGUUUUGUUUUGUGCACUGGCCUCUCGGUGAAGGUGGUUUCCCGCAUCACCUUCCUGAUGGCGUUUGGUCAGUCACCUGUCAGGGUUUGUGUGGGUUGGGCCCCAGAACAGCAUAUGCUGCCCUAAGUCUGCUCUCUGCAUGUUUUAGAAACAAAGUGGCAAGUCUGCCCUGAACCUGUAAGCAUCAAAUAAGCAUGAGAGAGAAAAAAAAACAUGAUAUAUUGCUUUACUUAAUAGGUUGAAUAUGGUAGGUCUUUGAAAAUACGAUGAUUCAAUUUUCUCAAUUUUCUUUGCUUUAACCAAAAUUCUAAAUGCAGUUUUGCCUCGUUCCUUUUUUUUUUAAAACCUUUGUAAAAACCUCUUUGAGGAUGAGGAGUCUGUAAAAUUCCACGCCCCAGUGGCCCUGCCCCAGACAAAGGUUGCUUUCCCCCUUUUUGUUCUUUUUAUGCCCCAAGCACUUUCUGCAGUAGCUAGAGGGACGGGUUUCCUUCCAGGAGGGAUGUGAGUUCCUGUGCCUGUAGGCAUCAGGGGAGUAUAUGUGAGAGUAUAUGUCCUGCCUGAAUGGGAAAGUCUUCUAAACUGGGAAAGAAGUGGUUUCAGCUCCACACAGCGUCUUGUAAGUCUCUACAAAUGGGUACUGUUAGAAGUGGCUUCCACUUACUGGAUUAACUAAUACUUUAUAGGCUUUUCAGGAGGCCACAUCACUAGCAGUAGGGAGAACAAGAUGUCAUUUGUGUUCAGUGUAAGCUGAGUAGACAGGCCCUUCCUAGAGUGUCCUGGAAAUCACAGCAACCCAUUGAAAACUGCCCUCCCCAGCAGAACGUGCUGUGUUCUUUCUUCAUGGCUAUGUGUGCUCCAUUCCUUGUUUCUGCUUGGCUCAAGAAAACAUUUCUGCAGUCAGGUGAGACUUUUACAAAAGAGGAGAAAAUCAUUGCCUCCUUGAACAUGAUGAGAUGUGAGAACUUACAAUGAAAAAGGCAAUAAUGAUAGAAAUUAUUUCUUAGGUGCAGCAAUAGUUGAUAGGAUGUGAGGGUGUUACCUUGGGGUGAAAUGGAGAAGGUCCCAGGUGAAUUGGCUCUCAUGGAAAUUUGAAAUUACAAAAUAAACGUCCUGGGCAUUACCCAGAAUACAGAUUUAAAAGUUUGCCUGUAGAGCAAAAUAAAAGUCAGUUGUAAUUGUUAAUCUUUGAGGCCCAACGCAGCUGAUGGGUUGGUAUUUGGGAAAUUCAGAGAAGGGAAUGAGAUCUGAUCGGAUCGUGGGAAGAUGUAUACCCAGUUAGAACCUGUAGGGUUCUGGGUCCCUGGCAAGUCUAGGUGGGCGGGUGACAGAAAAAGCAUGGGCGUUUUUGUAAUGCUGUCACAUGCUAACACAGGUUUGUAAUUAUCUUUUGGACCCAAAUUAUAGAGACAUUCACGAGUUUUCUAGCCCUCACAGUAACAGAGCUAAGAAUUCAGAUGUCAGGAAGUCUGUGAAUCUUGAUGGAUUUUCUGAGAAACCUGAUUCAAUGGCAUAUAUAUGAGGGAAAUAAGACUUUUAAGAAAAGAAAAAGUUAUGCCUCAUUCCUCAUAUGGCUUCCAA